AUGGCAUCCAACACAGGCAAGGCUGGAGUAAUCGUCGCUCCCGAUGAUGCUGGCAGCAUGGAUAGACUUGCUCACGCUGUUCUCGACGAUCUUGUAUACAACAUUGUCCACGACCUAUUGCUCAAGGUGCAUCGCGACGAGAAGAUAGCGAGGGCUACCACGGCAGCCAUCCGUGUCGAGAAGCUGGCUUCCGAUGCAUCAGAGAGCUCGACCCCCGAAUCAAAACCGGACGUACGAAUCGAAACCGACGCGGCGAUAUACGAAGAUGGCAAAGUCAUGCUCAAAGGAAAUCCUUUAAAGACUACUCAGGAAGUUCUAUGCCCGAGAUGCCAUUUGCCUCGAUUGCUCUACCCGACCGAUGGAAAAGGCGCGAGAAAGCCCGACCCGAGCGUCAUCUACUGCAAGAAACACCCCUAUAUUGACAAGCCCGGCUACGAUAUUUACGGACAGACUUGGGUUCAACCCGGCCCUGGACGAGGCAAGAAGAAGAAAGACAUGAAGCCCGACCCGAAUAUCGAAUCGCCCGGCCCGGGAGAGUCUCGCCCUGCGAACGUUCUGUCUUUUCCCUCUGCCACCUGCAGCAAAUGCAAACGAUGCAUUCUUGUCACCAGACUCAACAAUCACAUGGGCUCCUGUAUUGGCAACAGCGGCAGAAAUGCGAGCCGUGCCGCGGCGGCGAAGAUUUCCAACGGCAGCAACGGCAAUAGUCAGCACGAUGGAACACCGCCUUCCAGCCAGAAGGCCACUCCAGCGCCAGGAUCACGAGCCUCGAGCCCCAAGAAGCGCGACAGCGAGGAAGUUGCCGCGCCUGAGGAGGAGGAAGAGUCGGAAAACAGUCAUAAGAAGAAGAAACUCAAGGCAUCGGUCAUGACGAAGAAGGUUAUCCUCAAGACUAAGGGACCAAAGAAGGACAAGGUCAAGGCGAAUUCAUUGCUUAGUCACGAAUCAAAGAUCGACGAUGAAGACGACAAUUCCACUGUCGAAGUCGCUCCUAAGAAGGAGAAGAAGGAGUCAAAGGAGGGCAAAGGCAUCAGUCCGACCAAAAAGCUGAAGCUUGGCGCUGCCAAGCCACCCCUCUCGUCGCCGCUGUCCAAGAAUGGCAAUGGCAAAACCGAAGAUGCAGAGUCUGAAUCGUCUGGAACGUUGUCAUCACCACCAAACUAG